CUGAGAGUCCGUGACGUCACAGCCUUACGGAGCAGCUGUGGAGGAGCAGCAGGAGGAGGAGAGAGGAGCAGACUGCUGGAUGUACAGCGCUCAGGACGGAGGUGCCUUUUAUUCUCCGGCACUGUUCGGACUUAGUGUCGUUCCUCUGUGGAACAUUGGCAGACACUCGGGAGCGAGCUCAGAGACACAAGUUUUCCACUAUGAACCGCGCCUUCAACAGGAAAAAAGAUAAAACAUGGAUGCACACCCCAGAUGCACUCGCCAAGCACUACAUAGCCUACAAUGCCAAGUUCCUUGGAAACACAGAGGUUGAAGCACCAAAAGGCACAGAGGUUGUAAAGGAUGCAGUCAGAAAACUAAAGUUUCAAAGGCAUAUCAAGAAGUCAGAGGGUCAGAAGAUCCCCAAAGUGGAAUUGCAGAUUUCAAUUUAUGGGGUGAAGAUCUUAGAUCCUAAGACAAAAGAUGUACAGCAUAACUGCCAGUUACACAGGAUAUCCUUCUGUGCAGAUGAUAAAACUGAUAAAAGGAUAUUUACGUUCAUCUGCAAAGACUCUGAGUCCAACAAACACCUGUGCUACGUGUUUGACAGUGAAAAAUGUGCAGAAGAGAUAACCCUAACGAUCGGUCAGGCCUUUGACUUGGCUUACAAAAAGUUCCUGGAGUCUGGAGGUAAAGAUGUGGAAACAAGGAAACAGAUUGGGAGCCUACAGAAAAGAAUUCAAGAACUGGAAACGGAAAACUGUGAGCUGAAGAAACAGCUUCAGGAUCUUGAAGAACAGUUGAUGAUCGCUCAUGUACCACCUCCGCUGCACAUAAACUCAGCUAAUGAAGCGUACUUGCUGCAGAGGCCCUCCUCUCUCUUCUGGUGGCACAACUUCACAUCGCUCUCCUGUCUGGAAAUCUCCUCUGUUACACUCACUCCUAUGAGCUCACCAGAGUCGAACUUCUCUGCCGGCCUACUAACUCCUCCACCUGCCAAACCUGCUGUCCUUCCUCCUAAACCUGUCGAGGGAUGCAGCAUCCCGCGGCCUCGUGCGGGGAGUAUUUCUACAAAAGCCCAGUCUACAGACAUUUUCGACAUGGUUCCUUUCUCCCCUGCAACGCCGCUGGUGCCCAUACCAGCUAGCAAUGGCUGCCCACCUCCGCUGCCGCCAACUACAUUACCACCAGACAUCAACAAAGAUCUGUUUGGUGCUGAGCCCUUUGAUCCCUUCACCUGCGGGGCAGCCGACUUCCCUCCAGAUAUCCAGUCAAAGUUGGAUGAGAUGCAGGAGGGGUUCAAAAUGGGACUGACUUUAGAGGGCGCCGUCUUUUCUCUGGACCCGCUGGACAGUCGUUGCUGAUACCAAGAAGAUGCUCUUUGAUGCAUACUUUUAACUCAUUUGUAUGAAGAAGUGCCAAAAUCCAUUCCACAGUCAAGACGUCACCAUGUUCAUGUUGAGGUUUUUACGCAUAUGGAUUUAGAUUAUUUUUUUUUUCUUUGACAAUAUUUCAAGGUAAAGUCAGAUCCAUUAUAGAAAAAAACUAUUUUUAUAAAAUCUUAUGGAAGGAAUAGUUUUGAGAACAUUUGCUUGCACAGGCAAUGAGAAAUGUACAUAGUAAAAUAUGUCCAAUGGUACAGAGACUGUGGCAGAAAUUUCAUAUAUUUGUGUGACUCUCCCAUUGAAUGUGCACAUUUAAUUCUGUAUUGUUGAUACAUUCCUGUUUUUGUAUCCAAAAAAGCAAAACAAAACAAAAAACAAAUCACAGGCUAGCAAGGGAAAAAAAUGGAAUCUAUAUUAUUAACACAUACAAUAUGUCAGCUUAGCUGUCUGUAACACCAUCUGGUCUUAUUUUACUCUAUUAAUUUACACAUGUAGUUAUUAGUCCAUUCAAACCUUUGGCUUACUGACUUUUCCGCUUGUUGUUUUGGGGAUUGUCGUUGUGUAUUUCAGCACUUGGAGUGACUGUGUCAGUAUUUAGUUCUAUAGUUGCUGUAUUUUUACAUUCUCUUGUCAUUUGUCUCCUCUCUUCUUGCACCAGAAGGCACUUUUGUGGGGGAGAGGGGACCCAUAUCCAGUACUAUUCACAUUAUUUUUACUUUGCAGUAAUAACUUUGCUGUUACACUUAUUAAAGAAAAUUUUACUCAAAAA